AUGGACGGCCUUGUUCCAGAGCUCAAGCAAGGCGGCCAGAAUAGGAGACGAAACCGAGGCGGAGGUCGUUAUCUUUACGGGUGGCUGGAGGGCUCCGAGUCGAAGAUAAAGAUAUCAUUACUAAGUGGAACGGCAACGACAUACACGUGGUUAUGGACGCUUCUCGCCUUCAUUCUGACAUGGAUGGUUUUUCACCUCAUCAAAAGAAAGAAGAUUGGAACAGAGGAGACAGAGGUCGAUGCAGAAGAGACCAGAGAUGGUGAGGCUCAUGAUGUCAUCAUUGUUGGGGCGGGUGUGGCAGGCGCGGCUCUUGCUUAUGCUCUUGCUAAGGAUGGACGGCGAGUACAUGUGAUAGAGAGAGACUUGAAAGAACCUCAAAGAUUUAUGGGAGAGCUGAUGCAACCGGGUGGACGCCUCAUGUUAGCUCAGCUUGGCCUUGAAGAUUGUUUGGAGGAGAUAGACGCUCAAGAAAUAAAGUCAUUGGCAAUUUACAAGGACGGGAAAAACGACACCUUGUAUUUUCCGGAUAACAAAAAUUUUCCUUGUGAAUCUGCCGGUAGACUCUUACGUAAUGGCCGUCUGGUACAACGUCUACGCAAAAAGGCAGCUUCUCAUGCCAAUGUGCAACUCGAAGAAGGAACGGUGAAGUUUUUGAUAGAAGAAAAAGGAGUGGUUAAGGGAGUGAUAUACAAGAAUAGUGCAGGCGAAGAAAUAACUGCCUUUGCACCUCUCACUGUGGUAUGCGACGGUUGCUACUCGAACCUUUGCCGGUCAGCCGUCGAUAAUAAAGUGGAAGUGCUCUCUUAUUUUGUGGGUUACGUCACGAAGAAUACCCGACUUGAAGAUCCACAUAGUAUGCAUCUGAUUUUUUCUAAACCUUUACCAUGUGUUGUAUAUCAAAUAACAAGCAGUGAGGUACGUUGUGCUGCCGAGGUUCCUGCUGAUAGCAUUCCUUCUAUAGCAAAUGGCGAAAUGGUUAAGUUUCUCAAGAAAACUGUGGCUCCUCAGAUACCAGAUGGAAAUCUCCGUGAGACAUUUUUGAAAGGGGUUGAGGAGGGACUACUAGAAAUAAAAACAACUGCGACUAAGAGUAUGUCAGCGAAGCAGUGUGAUAAGAAAGGAGUGAUUGUGUUGGGAGAUGCAUUCAAUAUGCGUCAUCCUAUAAUCGCUUCAGGGAUGAUGGUUGCACUCUCCGACGUUCUCAUUUUACGCAAUCUUCUCAGGCCAGUGCCUAGCUUUAGCAAUACUAAGAAGGUCUUGGAGCUUGUUAAGUCCUUUUACAUCAUCCGCAAGCCAAUGUCGGCAACGGUGAACACGCUGGCGCAUGUCUUCUCAGAAGUGCUUGUUGCUACAACGGACGAAGCAAGAGAGGGAAUGCGAGAAAGCUGCUUUAAUUACCUCUCCAGUGGUGGAUUCCGAACAUCCGGAAUGAUGGCUAUUCUUGGUGGCAUGAACCCUCGUCCCCUUAGUCUAGUUUUUCAUCUUGUAUGCAUCACCCUCACCGCCAUGGGCCACUUGCUCUCUCCCUUUCCUUCACCUCGUCGCUUUUGGCAUAGCCUCAGAGUUUUUGCGUUGGCUUUGAAAAUGUUGGGUGCACAUUUGGGGGAUGAAGGGUUGAAAGAGAUGUUGAUCCCAACAAACGCAGCUUCCUAUCGCAGAAGCUAUAUGGCCACGGCCUCCGACUGUUGAUUGAUCAUUCCAAAACCAAGACUAUGU